AUGCCCCGCGUAGCGAACAAAGUGCAUCGCCGCUCCGGCGGCAGCACAUCUACCCCGCAGAAGAACUCGCCGAUCAAAAUCCCCUUGAAUGAUGAUAUGGGCGAGAAGGCGGCGCGGAACCAAGCCCGCCAGGCGCUCCAAGACCUCCAGAUGAACCAGAUCAAAGCCGCAGUGAAGACGCCCAUGCCCAACCGCCGAUACCGCGACGGAAGCGAGAGCCCUACAACAACACCCCGAGGCUCCGGUCAUCGAGGCCGUGAAAGCGAUGUCAAUGGCCGCGCAGUGACGCCGAUGAAGCGCGUGCCCAUUUUAGCCAACUUUGAGGAGUGGAUGAAGAUGGCUACCGAUAACAAGAUCAACGCCAACAACUCCUGGAACUUUGCGCUCAUCGAUUACUUCCACGAUAUGUCCCUUUUGAGGGAGGGAGACAGUGUCAACUUCCAGAAGGCCAGUUGCACUCUGGAUGGAUGUGUGAAGAUCUAUACCAGCCGUGUGGAUAGUGUUGCUACGGAGACUGGAAAGCUGUUGAGCGGUUUGGCUGAUAGUCGCGACAAGCGCGGGCGCGAAGCCGAUGCGGAGGGCGACGAAGAUGAGGAUGAGGAUGGAGAGGAGGGUGGUGCGCGCAAGUCGCGCAAGAAGACACGGUCACACGAGGCAACGUUAGCCCCAUCUUUCAACUCUCUACAAUUGAAGAAGUUCGAGCUGGAGUUCGCUGUUGAUCCGCUGUUCAAGAAGGCGUCCGCCGAUUUUGAUGAAGGAGGUGCCAAAGGUCUGCUGCUUAAUCACCUUGCCAUCGAUGGAGUUGGAAAGAUCGUCUUUGACAGUAGCGAUGAUGCUGUGGAUGAUUCUGCCAAGACCGAUGGCGAUCGUGAGGAGACUGAGGGCCCUGAAGACCCUGAAUCCCAAGGCGAGAAGGCCAAAUCAGUCCAGCGAGCUAGUGACACCUUCGAGGACGAUUCAGAUAUCGACAUCGCUUCUCUUGCGGCUCAGUUCUUCCCUGACCUGGAUCGCAUUGACGAACAGGAUGUCUGUCCAUCCCUCAAGAACUUCAGUCUGGGUGACCCCAGUGGCUCGCUGGAUCUUCCUCUGCUCAAGGCCCCCGAGGAGUGGCGGCAAGACAAGAACCCCGAUGGCCUCCCGGAGGAUCCAUCGGGAAUCAUGCUUGAUGACGAUAAUGCGGUUGGCUUCGACGACGAUGAUGACUUGGCCGGUUUUGACUUAAGUGGCGAUGCCGGCUUCGGUGAUGGUGGAGAGGUCUGGGCUCGAGAGGCCGCCUUGGAGCCAAUGCUCAAGGUUCACAGGAUGGACGAUGGUGACAACGAGGAUGGCGAAGAUCAUGACGAGGACGCAUAUGCCAUUUCCAUGUCCCACAAUCCAAGCAAACAAGACCACGAGAACAUCCUCAGCUACUUCGACAAUGCGCUUCAGAAGAACUGGGCCGGCCCAGAACACUGGAAGAUUCGGAGAAUCAAGGAGCACACUGCUGCUAGCACAAAUGCUGCGCCCAAGCAGAAGAAAGAGAAGGAGCCCUUCGAGAUCGAUUUCGGGGCGCCACUGGAUUCUGCUGUCGCUGAGUUGAUCUAUAUGCCGGCCAGCUCUAAUUCCGCCAUCUCCCUCCCUAAAACCCAAUGGAAGACCAAGGGUCGCAACUUGCUGCCUGAUGACAAGCACUUCAACUCACGCAACUUGUUGCGCUUGUUCCUCAAGCCCAAGGCCCGCUUGGGCUCAAAGAAACUACUGGGUCGACGCACAACCCUCAGUCGGCCAGAACAAACGUCCGGAAAUGGGGAUAUGGACGAGGCAUUUUGGGCAAACCACAAAGUCGAGGACAACGCCGAGAACGACGGUGCUCCUGGUGCCUAUGAUGCCAACUUCUUCGCUGAUGAUGAUGGCCUUGCUUUCCCUAACGGCAUGGAUCUGGAUGAUGACGACGACAAUCUGCCAUUUGCUGAUGCGCGGGAGAUGCUCUCGCCUGCUGCCGAUGGGCGUCCAGUCACGUCACAAGGUGAAGGUGGAGCAACCGGUCUUUCUGCAUUGCUUAAUAUGGUCGGCGCCACGCCUGGCCGUCCCGGCGCUGGUGGAUACGGCUCACAAUUGGUCACACAAGGUGGGCGCCGUGCACGACCGGACUAUGUCAACUAUGCCCGUGUGGCUAAGAAGGUGGACGUGCGACGCCUCAAGGUGGAGAUGUGGAGGGGUAUGGGUGAGCGGUUGAUUGCCGCCACCGACUUCGACUCUGCCUCACAACCCGAGCCUUCGGUUGAGCCUGAAACCGAGUCCGAUGCUCCUGAGCCGCCUACACCGCAGGCCACUAGCCCAGAGAAACCGACAGACUCCAAGAAUGACAGCCGUUUACGAUUCACACAAAUUAUGAACUCGCUCAAGACAGUCUACCCAGCCGAGACAUUACGCGACAUUAGCACAUCCUUCGGAUUCAUUUGUCUUCUCCAUCUGGCCAACGAACAAGGCCUUAUCCUGGAGAGUGAUAUGGAUAAGAUCGCCAAUGGCGCCAGCACACUGGAAGAGAUCUUCGUGAGCCGAGACGGGAAUGCCAUCUUGGAGGAAGCACAUAUCUAA